AUGCGUACUUCCCUCGCCAUCGUGGCCCUCUCGGCCCUCACUGCCGUCUCUGCCCAGCGCAAGGUCUACACUGCUGCCGAUAUCAACGUUGCUACUGUCUCCGUGAACCAGAGAGCCAGCUGGUGUGUCGCCGAGCGCAACACUUGCAAGGUCCUUUGCGAGCCUAACCCCACCACCAACGACUGCGAUUCUACCACCCUUGUCUACUCUUGCCUCUGCCCCAACGGCUCUGCCCCCGGCCUUGAGUACUACGAGCAGACCAUGCCCACCUUCAUCUGCGAGAAGGCCUUCGAGGACUGCAUCACAGCCAACGUUGGUGACGCUCGCGGCCAGACCAACUGCACCGACACCAUCAAGUCCCAGUGCGGUACCAUUAACGCCCAGGCCGACCAGGCUUCUGGUGUUUCUACCACCACCACCGCCUCUGCUACCAGCGCUCCCACAGGAACUAAUACCGCCGCUACUACUCCCGCCGCCUCCAGCUCUAGCUCUUCCGCCUGGGCUGUUCCUACUGCGAACCCCGCCCACGUCGGCAACGCUGCUGCUGUCGCUGCCAUUGGUCUCCUCGCCUACAUGCUUUAG